UUUUGAUUCUGGGCUCUUCGUGUUUUGGGUGAAUAAAAGGAAUUCUACACGGAGAAGAGCAUCAAAUAAGGAUGAACAGCGUUGUGCAUUGUCAGCUCUGGAUGGGCAGCCUUGAGCCCUACAUGACGGAGAACUUUAUCAUGGCAGCCUUCCAGAAGAUGGGCGAGGACCCCCAGACGGUCAAGCUGAUGCGCAACAAGUACACAGGCGAGCCGGCGGGAUACUGCUUCGUGAACUUCCUGAAUGACGAGCAGGCCGUGGAUGCCAUGCACAAGUUGAAUGGCAAGCCGAUUCCGGGCACGAAUCCCAUCGUGCGCUUCCGCCUGAACAGCGCCAGCAACCAGAGCAAGGCGCUGGGGGCGAUGGAGAGGGAGUUCUCCGUGUGGGUGGGCGAUUUGAGCUCCGACGUGGAUGACUACAAUCUCUAUCGCGCCUUCUCCAGCAAGUACACCUCCAUCAAGACGGCCAAAGUGAUCCUGGACAGCUCGGGCUUCUCCAAGGGCUACGGCUUCGUGCGCUUCGGACUGGAGGACGAGCAGAAGAACGCCCUGUACGAGAUGAAUGGCCACAUUGGGCUGGGCAGUCGUCCGCUGAAGAUCUGCAAUGCCGUGCCUAAGCCUAAAGGCUCCACGACGGCCACAAGUCCCGCCACGCCGUCCGCCACGAGCAUCCUGCAGAGCGCGUACGGCAGCACAGACUACUCGCAGUACUACGAUCCGUCGUACUGGCAGGGCUACGCCUGGCAGGGAUACUACGACCAGCAGCAGGGCGCCGACGCCACGGCGUACUAUCACCAGGCCAUGACGCACCACGGCUCCGGCCAUGUCGCCGCCCAGGGCGACUGGACGCACCAUCAUGCGUACGAGGCGCCGCACGAGGACGAGGACAUGACGCUGGUGGAGCACAAAUUCACCCUGGACGCCGACAAACUCAACCGCGAAACCGUGGAUCGCGACAGGAAUCUCUGGGACGCCGUGGAGAGCUCCAAGUGGCUGCCCAUUGAGCAGCUGGAAGUGUUUUAAAAUACACACAGAGCAUUUCGGA